AUGUAUAUGCAUCCGCAGUUUAAGUCCGAUGUAAUGAAUCCACUUAUGAUCGAUCAGCUUAUGGACAGAGAGGUGCAAACGCUUUCUGGAGGAGAACUACAACGUGUAGCUUUGGUAUUGUGUUUGGGUAAAACUGCUAGUGUAUACCUUAUCGAUGAACCAUCUGCUUACUUGGAUUCGGAACAACGUCUCCAUGCCGCCAAGGUUAUUAAGAGAUUCAUUAUGCACGCUAAGAAAACUGCAUUUGUUGUGGAGCACGACUUUAUAAUGGCUACCUAUCUUGCUGACCGAGUAAUUGUUUUUGAUGGAGAGCCAUCUGUACAUGCCACUGCUAGAAAACCACAAAGCUUACAAGAAGGCAUGAACCGGUUCUUAAAGAUGCUUGAGAUCACAUUCCGUCGUGAUAGUGAGUCGUACCGACCUCGAAUUAACAAAAAGGAUUCGAUGAAAGAUAUCGAGCAAAAGAAGAGUGGUCAAUUCUUCUUUUUGGAUGAAGUUUAG